UGUAACAUCGAGCACCGGGGGAUACCUCUGCAGUUGUUGUUCGACUUACCGAGGGACUAGUCAUGAAUCUGCAAGAGUACGUUAAAUAUCUCAUCUGCGUGAUGGCUGUGAGCUUGAUACCAGGUUGUCAGGGGUCCACUGGAGUUCAGGCGGUGGGGUCCAGAGUUGGGAGAGGGGUCCUCGAUCUGCUUUUUGGAAGAUUCAGAACUUGUGGAGGAUGUGUGUGUGGACGAUCGAAUCGAGCGGGGGCGAGAUUUCUUGGUGGCGAGGAUACAGCUGCUCAUGAAUUCCCGUGGCUCGCUGAUGUUCACGUGAAAUCCAACACUCGAGUCAGUGGAGUUCUCAUCAAUGAUCGAUUCGUACUGACUGCUGCUAGCCAACUCAUCGCGACUACAAGCCCGGAAGUGAAAAUUUCCCUCGGAGGCUAUGAUCGCUGCCACCUGGACGUCUCCUCCAUGAACAUCUCCGUCGACAGUAUCAUCCUCUACCCGGAAUUCACACCCAAGACCAACGCUCACGAUCUCGCUUUGAUUCGACUGAGUCGUCCAAUUAAAUUCGAGAAGAGGGUGUCACCAGUCUGCCUGCCGAAUCCUGGGUCGACGUAUCUGGGACAGGUGGGCACACUCCUGGGGUGGACCAGAGCUGAACAGAGCAGCAAGUCUUGCCUCCCAAGAAAGCUGGGACUUCCUGUCCUGGGGGCUAGUGAGUGCCUGAAGUCGGGGGUUCAACCUGGUGACUACCAGGAUGACUCCGGUUGCAUCGGCGUCAUCGGGGGAAAAUCCAUCUUGUGUCAAGAUGACGUUGGAACAGCUGUCAUGUAUCGGAGUUACGCAGGCAUUUACGAUCUCAUUGGCAUCCUCUCGGAUAAAAAUGUCUGUGACGACGAGUCAACACACGCCGGUAUUUACACCCGAAUCGGCCCUCAUCUCGACUGGAUUCUACAGAUGACCAAAGACGCCUGCUAUUGCACCAAGAUGUUAAAGUUCAGUUUCAGGAUUAACGAGCUGAAAGUCGUUGUCGGCGAGCACGACCUCUGUCGCUCCGACGCCAGCACUGUAAUAUUCUCGAUCGAGAGGAUGAUUAAACACCCGGAGUUCAAUGAUAUCAAUCAUCACGCAGAUGUGAUGCUCAUUAGAUUGAACAUGAGGGUGACGUUCAAUGAGUUCAUUAGGCCCAUUUGUCUGCCCUCUUUCGAGGCUUUCGUCAAGACCAGGAAGAGAGCACCUGCGAAAUGUGUUCAGUGUAAAAAUUCGGUUGAACGUGGAUCAAUCAUCAUGAAACCAUCGAUUUUCUUCAUCAUGGGGCUCCUCGUCGUGGACGAGGGACUCGGCAAACGGUGGAGUUACCCCCGAGUUGAUCCUGAUUGUGAGUGUGGAACAUUCGCGGAGGAUAUAUCCAUCCGAAUAGUCGGAGGUACAGAGGUAACUCCUCACUCACUCCCAUGGGUGGUGGCGAUUUUUCACUUGAGGAGGCUACACUGCGGAGGUGCUCUGAUCAAUAAUCGCUACAUCCUGACUGCGGGCCACUGUGUCAAAUGGAUUCCCAAUUCCGAGGACUUGACGGUCGGCAUUGGCAUGCACAACCUUCACCAACGAAAAAUCGGACAGAUUGUUCAAAUCUCUAGAGUGAUCCUUCACAAUAAUUUCUAUAGCGAUGAUCUACACGAUACCGAUGAUAUUGCGCUGUUAGAAUUGAAAAAUCCCGUGAAAUUCACCGAGACUAUCCAGCCGAUUUGUCUUCCAGCGAAAGGGUCUGAAUACACCGGCCAGGACGUUAAAGUCGCUGGUUGGGGUCGUGUAAAAUCCGGAGGAGAGGCUUCUUCAGUCCUUCAGGAGGCUACCCUCAAAGUAAUGUCCUACGCCCAAUGCAAGAAUACCUCCCUCGGGAAUUAUAUCACCAGAUCGAUGACGUGUGCUUACAACGACGGCGAAGAUGCCUGUCAGGGCGAUAGUGGUGGUCCUCUUUUGUUCCAAAGAAACAACUCUAAAUUUGAGACCAUAGGAAUCGUGUCCUGGGGAAUCGGCUGUGCACUUCCUGAAUUGCCAGGGGUCUAUGUCAGGCUCAUGGAUUAUCUCGAUUGGAUCAAGUGGAAUACAAGGGACGCCAUUUACUGUAUCGAUAGCUGAUUGGUGGAAUGACGUAACUUGCAUCUUGAGAGGAAUAAUUUAUUUCGUUGAACCGUGUCCAUUAUUCAAUCAUAAUUCAUGUUUUUAAUUAACCGGUUCAUCAAGAACUGAUCGUGGAGGCAAUAAAUCUUCAAUUCAAUCAACGCACAUCCAGAUAACCAGAACGCAAAAUUCAAUUGGAAAGUCCAGUCAUUCGAUUAGGAAAAAUAAACUUCCUCUUAACUUUUAUUAGCGUAAAAAUUACGAAACCAUUUAUACAUUAUGUUUGUUCUGCCGAUUAAUACUCAGUUAAUUACUACUGAUAGUUGAUUCGCCGGAAUGGGGAAUUCUUUUUUUUUUCUGGUUAUAGAAAAAAUGACUGAGUAGAAAUCGUCAACGAAUUUUUCGUGUUUACAAUGCCUUAUUAUGCAAUAUUUCCACUGAUACUAUUCUAACGCUUAAUGAAUUUGAAACGAUUUGACGGAUUUCUGAUAACUAUUACCCUAGACGUAUUUACACUAGAUGUCUUCGGUCUCGUCCUGCAGAAUCGUGAACAAUUAUUUAUGUUCUGCUUAGAGUCGCGAACCUCAUUGUUAAUACUAUUAAAACAGCUCAAUAAGUAGUGGAGAGAUAAAAUUUUGAAAUCGAAUUGGAUUUCAAGGCAUUGAUUUUAAAUUGAGAACUUCAUCACUCCAGUACUAGAAUUCAUCUCGUUCAAAUCGUACGUCGUUGGGUGAAUUUCCCUGAACAUAAUCUACUGAACUGUAAAAAAAAAAA